CGCCCGCCGCCAGCUGCCAGCCCCGGGACCUUUUCAUCUCGUCCCUUUUGGCCGGAGGAGCCGAGUUCAGAUCCGCCACUCCGCACCCGAAACUGACACACUGAACUCCGUUCCCUCCUCUUAAAAUUCAUUCCUGCCUAGUAGCCCCUCGUCUCUUUUUUCGCCCCCCUCCCCAUCUCGUUGCUCCAAGAAAACUUUUUCUUGCUCCCCGAAGUUAGGGUUCUCGCUCCCCAUCGCGUGUGAAUAUUUCCACUUUCGGAACGACCUGCAUUUUCUUUUUAAAGGAAUUCCAGCAAGACACCUUUUUCUCUUGGACGUUGACUCUCGACUGUUUGCAAAAGUCUCGCAUUAAAAAAACAACAACAACAACCAAACAACAAAAAACAAAAAAAAAACAAAACAAAAAUUUACCUGAUCUCUACUUGAGAGUUGUUGGUUUCUUUUUUUUUUUUUUACUAGUUUUUUUUUUAUUUUUACUUUUUUUUUUUUUUUUGGAAACUUUUUCCACCUUUAAAAAGAAAAAAAAAAAAGAUGCACUACUGUGUGCUGAGCGCUUUUCUGAUCCUGCAUCUGGUCACGGCCGCGCUCAGCCUGUCUACCUGCAGCACGCUCGAUAUGGACCAGUUCAUGCGCAAGAGGAUCGAGGCGAUCCGCGGGCAGAUCCUGAGCAAGCUGAAGCUCACCAGCCCCCCGGAAGACUACCCCGAACCCGAGGAGGUCCCCCCGGAGGUGAUCUCCAUCUACAACAGCACCAGGGACUUGCUGCAGGAGAAGGCGAGCCGGAGGGCGGCCGCCUGCGAGCGCGAGAGGAGCGACGAGGAGUACUACGCCAAGGAGGUCUACAAGAUAGACAUGCCGCCCUUCUUCCCCUCGGAAACUGUCUGCCCAGUUGUUACAACACCCUCUGGCUCAGUGGGCAGCUUCUGCUCCAGACAGUCCCAGGUGCUCUGUGGGUACCUUGAUGCCAUCCCGCCCACUUUCUACAGACCCUACUUCAGAAUUGUCCGAUUUGACGUCUCGGCGAUGGAGAAGAAUGCAUCCAACUUGGUGAAAGCAGAGUUCAGAGUCUUUCGUUUACAGAACCCGAAAGCCAGAGUGUCCGAACAGCGGAUCGAACUGUAUCAGAUUCUCAAAUCCAAAGAUUUAACGUCUCCAACCCAGCGCUACAUUGACAGCAAAGUCGUCAAGACGAGAGCAGAAGGCGAAUGGCUUUCCUUUGACGUGACCGACGCCGUCCAUGAAUGGCUCCACCAUAAAGACAGAAACCUGGGAUUUAAAAUAAGUUUACACUGUCCCUGCUGCACCUUUGUACCAUCUAAUAAUUACAUCAUUCCCAAUAAAAGUGAAGAGCUAGAAGCAAGAUUUGCAGGUAUUGAUGGCACCUCCACAUAUACCAGUGGUGAUCAGAAAACUAUAAAGUCCACUAGGAAAAAAAACAGUGGGAAGACCCCACAUCUCCUGCUAAUGUUGUUGCCCUCCUACAGACUUGAGUCACAACAGUCCAACCGGCGGAAGAAGCGUGCUUUGGAUGCAGCCUAUUGUUUUAGAAAUGUUCAGGAUAAUUGCUGUCUGCGUCCACUUUACAUUGAUUUCAAGAGGGAUCUUGGGUGGAAAUGGAUACAUGAACCUAAAGGGUACAAUGCCAACUUCUGUGCUGGAGCAUGCCCAUAUUUAUGGAGUUCAGACACUCAGCACAGUAGGGUUCUCAGCUUAUAUAAUACCAUAAAUCCAGAAGCAUCUGCCUCCCCUUGCUGCGUGUCCCAGGAUUUAGAACCGCUAACCAUUCUCUACUACAUCGGCAAAACACCCAAGAUUGAACAGCUCUCGAAUAUGAUCGUAAAGUCUUGCAAAUGCAGCUAAGAUUCUUGGAAAAGCGGCAAGACGAUAAUCACGUGGUGAUGAUGAUGAUGAGGAGGAGGAGGAGGAGGAGGAGGACGACGACAGCGAUUAGAACAAGGACAAUGUUUGUAACAAGAAAACAUAAGAGAGCCUUGCUUCAACAGUGUUAACAAAUUUUUUUUUGAAAAAAGCGGUACUAGUUCAAACACUUUGGAAGUUUGUGUUCUGUUUGUUAAAACUGGCACCUGAAACAAAACGAAACAAAACAAAUUGAAGGCUUUAUUCUACAUUUCACCUACUCUGUGAGAGAGACAAGAAGCAAAACCUUUUUUUUUUU